GCUCCUGCUGGGCCCUCUCCUCCUGCUGCUCUCCCCGCGCUCGGCGGUUCCCGGCCCCCAGGACAGAGCGGAGGCUGCCUGCGGCCUAGGCCGGGUGGCGGUUCUCUCCCCCUCCCACACACACACACCUCACCACCUUCCCCCUUCCCCUCUCCCCUGCCCCGGCUGAUGCUGCGGCCGGCGGCUCCCUGUGAAGGUUCCCCCGAGGAGGAGCGGCUGGCCGUCGCCGCCGAUGUCAGUGACCGCGGACACCCGAAGAAGCGAGUGCGGGUAGCCGAGCCGGCCGAGGCGGGCAGCCGCUCCUCGUCCCCGGGGAAAGCGGCCUCCCCGCAGGCCGGCCAGGGUAAGAGGCGGGUGCGGGGGUCGGACACGGCGGCACAGGGAGAGGCCGAGGCUGAGGCCCAGGCCCAGUCCGGGAUGGCGGACCAGGGCCAGCGGAUUUUGCGGAAAGCCAACUUCUCGGCGCUGCUCGGACACACUAACGGCCUGAGCAGGGCGGCGACUCCCGGAGGAAAACCGGCCACUUCCAGGAAACUGCUCAUCAAGAACUUCAGAGAUAAACCAAAAUUGCCUGACAACUACACUCAGGAUACGUGGCAGAAACUCCAUGAAGCAGUGGGUGCCAUUCAGAAUAGCACAUCAAUAAAGUACAAUUUGGAAGAACUUUAUCAGGCUGUUGAGAAUCUGUGUUCCUAUAAAGUGUCAGCAACUUUAUACAAACAGCUGAGACAGGUAUGUGAAGACCAUGUCAAGGCACAGAUAUUGCAGUUCCGAGAGGAUUCACUGGAUAGCAGUCUGUUUCUGAAGAAGAUUAACAAAUGUUGGCAGGAUCACUGUCGGCAAAUGAUAAUGAUCAGGAGCAUUUUCUUGUUUCUUGACCGAACCUAUGUUCUGCAGAGUUCAAUGCUGCCAUCGAUCUGGGAUAUAGGUUUAGAGCUUUUCCGAACCCAUGUCAUCAACGACAGAAUUGUACAAAGCAAAACCAUUGAUGGGAUACUUUUGUUCAUUGAAAAAGAGAGAAACGGAGAGGCUGUGGACAGAAGCUUGAUCCGAAGUUUGCUGAGUAUGCUGUCUGACCUGCAGGUCUACCAGGAAUCAUUUGAACACAGGUUUUUGGAGGAGACCAAUUGUUUAUAUGCAGCAGAAGGACAAAGAUUAAUGCAAGAGAGGGAGGUGUCGGAAUAUCUUCACCAUGUAAACAAACGUCUGGAAGAAGAAGCAGACCGAGUAAUUACUUACUUGGAUCAAAGCACACAAAAAUGGUUGAUUUCCAGUGUUGAGAAGCAACUUCUUGGUGAACAUCUGACAGCUAUUCUCCAGAAAGGCCUCAAUCACCUACUUGAUGAAAACAGAAUAGCGGACCUCACUCUUCUCUACCAACUAUUCAGCAGGGUUAAAGGUGGUCUGCAGGUUCUUUUGCAGCAUUGGAAUGAAUAUAUCAAGAUGUUUGGUACUACAAUCGUGGUUAAUCCUGAGAAGGACAAGACGAUGGUUGAGGAGCUGCUAGACUUCAAAGAUAAAGUAGAUCAUGUCAUUGAAGUGUGCUUUGUAAAAAAUGAGAAGUUCAUCAAUACAAUGAAGGAAGCCUUUGAGACGUUUAUCAACAAGAGACCGAACAAGCCUGCUGAGUUGAUAGCCAAGUAUGUCGAUUCGAAAUUGCGAGCUGGUAACAAAGAAGCAACAGAUGAGGAACUGGAAAGGAUGCUGGAUAAAAUCAUGAUCAUAUUUAGAUUUAUUCAUGGGAAGGAUGUAUUUGAGGCCUUCUAUAAGAAAGAUUUGGCAAAACGUCUUCUGGUGGGGAAAAGUGCUUCUGUUGAUGCCGAGAAGUCAAUGCUGUCCAAACUAAAACACGAAUGUGGUGCUGCCUUCACCAGCAAGUUAGAGGGAAUGUUUAAAGACAUGGAACUCUCAAAGGACAUUAUGGUCCAAUUUAAGCAGUAUAUCCAAAAUCAGAAUGAUCCAAGCAAGAUAGAUCUUACAGUCAACAUUCUGACAAUGGGAUACUGGCCAACAUACGUACCCAUGGAAAUACAUUUACCUCCUGAGAUGAUAAAAUUGCAAGAGGUAUUUAAGACAUUUUACCUCGGAAAACACAGUGGCAGAAAACUACAGUGGCAGCCUACAUUAGGACAUUCUGUGUUGAAAGCAGAAUUCAAAGAGGGUAAAAAGGAGCUGCAGGUUUCACUCUUCCAGACCUUGGUACUGUUGAUGUUCAACGAGGGCAAUGAAUUCAGUAUGGAGGAAAUCAAGACUGCAACUGGCAUAGAGGAUGGUGAGUUAAGAAGGACACUGCAGUCUUUAGCCUGUGGGAAAGCUCGUGUGUUGAACAAAGUUCCAAAAGGAAAAGAUGUGGAAGAUGGUGACAAGAUAAUCUUUAAUGAUGACUUCAAGCACAAACUUUUCAGAAUAAAGAUUAACCAAAUCCAGAUGAAAGAAACUGUUGAGGAGCAAACAAGCACUACCGAGCGGGUAUUCCAGGACAGACAAUACCAAAUAGAUGCUGCUAUCGUUCGAAUCAUGAAAAUGAGAAAGACACUCAGCCAUAACCUCCUUGUUUCAGAACUCUAUAACCAGUUAAAAUUUCCAGUGAAGCCAGGAGACCUGAAGAAAAGAAUUGAGUCUCUAAUAGACCGGGACUAUAUGGAGAGAGACAAAGACAAUGCCAACCAAUACCACUAUGUGGCAUAAAAGUACCGACCAGGACUGUGUCAAUGCUGGAUCUCAACUCCCCAAUGCCAGUAAAAUGUCAAGAGCACUGAUUCUGUCUGCACUCUUCAGAUUCUCUUUGAUUGUUACACACGCAAUCUGGCCCUCGCCACAUCGCCGAAACAAAGGAGGAGAUUCUUUUGGGAGUUUCACUGUUGGAAAUCCCUUCCAGGAUAGAUGGCUUUGGGCCUUCCUUUCACAGCUUUCAGGAUAAGUCUUUGCUUUCCUGAGAAUCGCUUCCCUAAAGAGUGUGGAAAGAGUGCAUAUAUAAACACACUUGAAGCAGCAGUCCAUCUAUUUCCCUCACAAGUGGCUGACGACUGAUUGUUUCCUUGUCUGCAUUCAUCUGGUUUCACUUGAGGCUCAAGCUGUCAACUCAUAUACUUUGCUUUUAGUUCUGAUUUAUUAUAAAAAUCUGUCUACUUAUUAUUCCCCUCAAUAUAUAACUAAUUGCCACACCUGGGGAUCUUCAAGAGAGUCUUAUUAAUAUAGAAAAUGUGAGAUGGCCCAAGUGCAAAAUGCUGCACACUGGCUUUUGUAACUGUACUACAUCAGUGAAGUGAAAAAUUAUCCUUUUUAAAUGUAUCGAAUUGCCAGUCAUUAUAUAACAACUAAUGAAAUAACUAACUGAGCAAUAUUGGGAGCCAUUAUACUUCUGUUUACCCAACACACAUUGCAGGGUAAUAGGUUGAAUUUUGUGCGUCAAUCUUUUAUGUAAAUUGAAAGAUGCUUCUUCAAAAUAGAGACAACUUACUUGAAGUGCCAAAGACUAGAAUUCCAUGCAAAACACUUUCUAUAAAAUAGUAUUAGUUGCUUUUACAGUAAUAAAACCCUGUACUCUAAAGUCAAUCCUGCUCAUAAUAUUUGCUUUAGGCAGGUUAACUAAAUCUCUACCUACCACCAUCAAUCCACGGGUCACUUGACAUUACAGUUUUUUUUCCCCUUUUUAGAUGAAGCAUUGGAUUUACAGUGAUUUCACAGGAUAUCUUGAAACUUUGUCUUUGCAGGAAUGUAAAUAUAAGAACAAUGCUUUGUACAAUAUAUAUGUUCUCCUAUGUAUCCUUUCACACUGUAAAUCAUUCAAAUUACUAACUUGGAUGGUGGAGAUGGUCAGCUGAAACUUGGAGUUUUGUGAUAACUUGUUACAUAUUGUAAAUAUGUUACCUCAGUUCAAAAAGUGCUAAAAUUAUUAGGGUCUUGUCUUGCGAUAACUGAAUAUAAAAUGAUUUUCUGCCA